AAGAAGAAGCAGGUAGACCUAUGUAGGCUUAUUAUAGGUGACUAUAAUAUUAUGUGUUCACUGCAUGCAUAGGCUGGUUCACUGUUUAUGAAGAGCUAAUGAGAUGGACAACAUGGUGACAGACAGGAGGAACGGGCCACAGACAGACUUUCUCUACUGUUGUGGAGCCAUCACAGAAGUUCUUAAAUUUGGCUCCUGUCAGUUACACUCUGGACACAAGGUGCUUUUUCUCAUCAUUCCAGGUAACCCAGGUGUUGUGGGCUUCUACAGAACCUUCAUGCAAACACUUUACAGUAUGUUUGGACAACACCAUCCAGUGUGGGCUGUGAGCCACGCUGGCCACUGUGUACCACCAGACUCCAUGGACAUGGUCGAAGAUGCCUCUUCAGCAGCAAAGAGGGACAUAUUCGGUCUGAACGGGCAGAUUGAACACAAGCUGGUCUUCCUCGCACGACACGUUCCCAAAGACACCAACCUAGUCCUGAUUGGACACUCUAUCGGCUGCUACAUUAUUCUGGACAUGAUGAAGAGAAAUCCUGAACUCAAGAUUAUAAAGGCCAUCAUGUUGUUUCCCACCAUCGAGCGCAUGGCUCAGACUCCUCAGGGGAAGGUCAUGACCCCUGUGCUAUGUCACAUGCGUUAUGUAGCCUACCUGCCUCUCUUCCUGCUCUCUCUUCUGCCCGAGGGACUCAAAGCUGGGCUGAUCAAACUGGUGUUUGGUGGCCUGCGCUCUCUGGACCACAAUGUAGUCCAGCCUACUGUAGGUCUACUCAGUGGAGACUGUGCAGCCAAUGCCAUGUACAUGGGGGGUCAGGAAAUGAGGAAAGUUUUGGAAAGAGACAACAUAACCAUCAAGGAAAACCUUGAAAAGCUUAUAUUUUAUUAUGGAGCUACAGACCACUGGUGUCCUGUUCAAUAUUACCACGACAUCAAGCAGGACUUUCCAAAUGGAGAUUUGAGACUGUGUGAAAACGGCUUCCGUCACGCCUUCGUCCUGGAUGCAGGAAGAGAAAUUGCUAAAAUGGUGUUUGAAUGGAUCAGUAAAGAUUUGUCGAUGUGAGUUCAUUCUUUUCUCUGCGUGAUGACGCUGCAGAGAUCCUGACCAGAAGUUCCUUUUUUUUUAAUCAGCGAUAAAUAUAUAUAUUUAAUAUUAAUUAAAAUGUGUUUUUUUGUCAUUA